AUGUUUGAGACAAAGGAAACAGAAGGAAAAUGCUACAGGCUAAAGAAAGCACUGUAUGGUCUCAAGCAAGCUGGACACCUGUGCCAUGCUGCACUUGAUGAACAGCUCCAGGCUUUUGGCUUCAAGAGGUGUCAAGCUGAGCCAUGCAUAUAUGCACAUGGUUCCAGCAAUGCGAUGGUGUUCCUUGCAGUAUAUGUCGAUGACCUGCUCAUCAUUGGUGCAACUGCCAUGCAAGUUCAAUCAGUUCAACAGCAACUCUCAAGUGUUUUCAGCAACACAGACCAGGACCAAAAGGGAUACAUCGAAGGCAUACUAAUGAAAUAUGGAAUGGAUCAAGCCUGGGUGGCAUCGACCCCAGUGACCGAAGCCAUCAACACCCUCAAACCACAAGAAGGAGAUGUCAUGGGCCUGGAUGCUCAAGAAGCAGGAGGGUCACGGGUGACAUGGGCCUGGAUGCUCAAGAAGCAGGAGGGUCACGGGUUCAUAUGGAAGGAGCACAGGUAUCGAAGAUCUAGUCGAGAUCAGUAG